UAAUUACAAAUCUUUCAUUUGUAAUUUACCAAAACAGUGAAAACAAACAACCCUUCCCCCGCCGCUCAAUACAAACCCUCCCUUGGCUACUCUAGGGACCAGAGGCAUCGCCAUCGCUAAGGAGCUGGUUAGGAAUGUCGGCUCUCCGACCCUAGCCCAGACUUACUGAAUCAGAAUGAGCAUUCACCACGACCACCAGGUAACUUCAUGCAUUUUACAGUUUCAGAACCCCUGCUAUAGCCUGCUAUACUUCAGCGCCAAUAUUUUGCUGAAAAGAAUUCCUAGCUGGAGCCGUGGCUCCCGGAGUCUUUCACCAGAUGGCAGCAGCCCACUCCUCCCUAUGGCACUCCCAUUGUUCCAGGCAGGAUUCAGCCGCAGGCAUCUCCGGAAGACUAGGGGCCGACGGGGCGGUGGCGGGGUCGUACCCUGUGGGAGGGAUCGGGUCUGCCCAAUGGGUUCUCUCGGGCGGGGGGCGGGGCUCUGUUUCAGCAACUCGACCGGCCUUAGUCUCCUUCCGAAUUCUGAGCUCAGUAUGUGGCGCCUACCCCGCGCGCUGUGUGUGCACGCUGCAAAGACCAGCAAGCUCCCCGGACCUUGGAGCAGGCCUGCCGCCUUCAUGUCCACUCUCCUCAUCAAUCAACCCCAGUAUGCGUGGCUGAAAGAGCUGGGGCUCCGCGAGGAAAACGAGGGCGUGUAUAAUGGAAGCUGGGGAGGCCGGGGAGAGGUUAUUACGACCUAUUGCCCUGCUAACAAUGAGCCAAUAGCAAGAGUCCGACAGGCCAGUGUGGCAGACUAUGAAGAAACUGUAAAGAAAGCAAAAGAAGCAUGGAAAAUCUGGGCAGAUAUUCCUGCUCCAAAACGAGGAGAAAUUGUAAGACAGAUUGGCGAUGCCUUGCGGGAGAAGAUCCAAGUACUAGGAAGCUUGGUUUUUUUUGAGACGGGGUCUCGCUCUGUCGCCCAGGCUGGAAUGCAGGCACCCAUCAUCUCCAGAAAGUGUCCUUGUCUCCCAGCAUGUUGCAUCCUUUUCCUGUUCUCAGGACCUGGCCAUGCGCUGAUUGAGCAGUGGAAUCCUGUAGGCCUGGUUGGAAUCAUCACGGCAUUCAAUUUCCCUGUGGCAGUGUAUGGCUGGAACAAUGCCAUUGCCAUGAUCUGUGGAAAUGUCUGCCUCUGGAAAGGAGCUCCAACCACUUCCCUCAUUAGUGUGGCUGUCACAAAGAUAAUAGCCAAGGUUCUGGAGGACAACAAGCUGCCUGGUGCGAUUUGUUCCUUGACUUGUGGUGGAGCAGAUAUUGGCACAGCAAUGGCCAAAGAUGAACGAGUGAACCUGCUGUCCUUCACUGGGAGCACUCAGGUGGGAAAACAGGUGGCCCUGAUGGUGCAGGAGAGGUUUGGGAGAAGUUUGUUGGAACUUGGAGGAAACAAUGCCAUUAUUGCCUUUGAAGAUGCAGACCUCAGCUUAGUUGUUCCAUCAGCUCUCUUCGCUGCGGUGGGAACUGCUGGCCAGAGGUGUACCACUGCGAGGCGACUGUUUGUACAUGAAAGUAUCCAUGAUGAGGUUGUAAACAGACUUAAAAAGGCCUAUGCACAGAUCCGAGUUGGGAACCCAUGGGACUCUAAUGUUCUCUAUGGGCCACUCCACACCAAGCAGGCAGUGAGCAUGUUUCUUGGAGCAGUGGAAGAAGCAAAGAAAGAAGGUGGCACAGUGGUCUAUGGGGGCAAGGUUAUGGAUCGCCCUGGAAAUUAUGUAGAACCGACAAUUGUGACAGGUCUUGCCCACGAUGCGUCCAUUGCACACACAGAGACUUUUGCCCCGAUUCUCUAUGUCUUUAAAUUCAAGAAUGAAGAAGAGGUCUUUGCAUGGAAUAAUGAAGUAAAACAGGGACUUUCAAGUAGCAUCUUUACCAAAGAUCUGGGCAGAAUCUUCCGCUGGCUUGGACCUAAAGGAUCAGACUGUGGCAUUGUAAAUGUCAACAUUCCAACAAGUGGGGCUGAGAUUGGAGGUGCCUUUGGAGGAGAAAAGCACACUGGUGGUGGCAGGGAGUCUGGCAGUGAUGCCUGGAAACAUUACAUGAGAAGGUCUACUUGGGUGGGAAUCUGUUAA